UUUCUCUCGAUCGAUUACUGCUACUAUUAUUAUUUACUUUCUAAUUUUCACACAAAAACUCACAAAAUCUUUAAAUUUCUGUCAGUAAUCCCCGAUUAUCGAUCGCGCUUCCCCAGUCUAGUCCCAUGACUCUCCUAACACCUCCCCAAAUCGACCAGGCAGAAGGCGAGCAGAUGCUCGUGCCACAUGCUGAUUUUGCACCAGAAGGCCCUCAACCUAUGGAAGUUGCUUCUGCUGAAGCAACAGCAAAUGCUGUGGAUGCACAAGUGGUAGAUGAACCACCGUCUGCACGAUUUACUUGGAAAAUUGAGAAUUUUUCGAAGGUGAACAUGAAGAAACAGUAUUCUGAAGUUUUUCUUGUUGGAGGAUACAAAUGGCGAAUUCUUACAUUCCCAAAAGGGAACAAUGUUGAUAAUCUGUCCAUGUAUCUGGAUGUUGCGGACUCUUCUGCUUUACCCUAUGGUUGGAGUAGAUAUGCCCAAUUUAGUUUGUCUGUAAUUAAUCAAAUUAACAGCAAAUUCACAAUAAGAAAAGAUACACAACACCAGUUCAAUUCCAGAGAAAGUGAUUGGGGAUUCACCUCUUUCAUGCCACUUAGUGAACUUUAUGACCCUGGCCGUGGUUACCUUGUGAAUGAUACAUGCAUAAUUGAGGCAGAUGUUGCUGUUCGUAAAGUUGUUGAUUACUGGUCUCAUGACUCAAAGAAAGAAACAGGUUAUGUAGGGCUGAAGAAUCAGGGUGCUACUUGCUAUAUGAACUCCCUCCUCCAGACACUGUAUCAUAUUCCUUAUUUUAGAAAGGCUGUAUACCACAUGCCAACAACAGAAAAUGACAACCCAUCUGGAAGUAUCCCUUUGGCCCUUCAGAGCUUGUUCUAUAAGUUGCAAUACAGUGAUACCAGUGUUGCAACCAAGGAGUUGACAAAGUCUUUUGGUUGGGAUACUUAUGAUUCUUUUAUGCAGCAUGAUGUUCAAGAACUGAACAGGGUUCUCUGUGAGAAACUUGAAGACAAAAUGAAAGGAACUGUAGUGGAGGGCACAAUUCAGCAGUUAUUUGAGGGGCACCAUAUGAAUUACAUAGAAUGUAUUAAUGUGGAGUACAAAUCAACAAGAAAGGAAUCUUUCUAUGAUCUGCAGCUUGAUGUUAAAGGUUGCAAAGAUAUUUAUGCUUCUUUUGACAAAUAUGUGGAAGUAGAACGUCUUGAGGGUGAUAACAAGUAUCACGCUGAGCAGUAUGGACUACAGGAUGCUAGGAAAGGUGUCCUUUUCAUUGAUUUCCCUCCUGUUCUUCAGCUUCAGUUAAAAAGAUUUGAAUACGACUUUGUUCGUGAUACUAUGGUCAAGAUAAAUGAUCGUUAUGAGUUUCCUUUGCAACUUGACCUUGAUAGAGAGAACAGAAAAUAUUUAUCUCCUGACGCAGAUAGCAGUGUCCUCAACCUAUACACUCUUCACAGUGUCCUGGUUCACAGUGGUGGAGUGCAUGGUGGGCAUUAUUAUGCUUAUAUACGGCCAACACUUUCUGAUCAGUGGUUCAAAUUUGAUGAUGAGCGUGUGACCAAAGAAGACAUGAAGCGUGCCUUAGAAGAGCAAUAUGGGGGUGAAGAAGAGCUACCGCAGACGAAUCCUGGAUUCAAUAACUCACCAUUCAAAUUUACCAAAUAUUCAAAUGCAUACAUGCUUGUUUAUAUCCGUGAAAGUGACACGGAUAAAAUAAUUUGCAAUGUAGAUGAGAAAGACAUAGCAGAACAUCUAAGGAUACGAUUGAAGAAAGAGCAGGAAGAAAAAGAGCAAAAGAGAAAGGAAAAGGCUGAGGCUCACCUCUACACAAUUAUUAAGGUUGCUCGUGGUGAGGAUCUGGUUCAUCAGAUUGGAAAGGAUAUAUAUUUUGAUCUUGUGGAUCAUGACAAAGUUCACCAAUUCCGUAUUCAGAAACAGCUAUCAUUUAGUUCUUUUAAGGAAGAAGUUGCUAAGGAAUUUGGGAUACCAGUGCAAUUUCUACGAUUCUGGUUAUGGGCCAAGCGCCAAAAUCAUACAUACCGCCCAAACCGCCCGCUCACACUUCAGGAGGAAACUCAAUCUGUAGGCCAGUUAAGAGAAGUAUCCAACAAGGCAAACAAUGCCGAGCUAAAAUUAUUUCUGGAAGUAGCAAUUGGCUUGGAGAUGCAACCUCUUCCUCCACCUGAGAAGACUAAGGAGGAUAUUCUUUUGUUUUUCAAACUUUAUGAUCCAAUCAAAGAGGAGCUCAGAUAUGUUGGAAGGCUGUUUGUGAAAGGUAAUGGCAAGCCAACGGAUAUAUUGAAAAAGCUUAAUGAAAUGGCUGGCUUUGCCCCUGAUGAAGAAAUUGAACUCUUUGAGGAAAUCAAGUAUGAACCUACUGUCAUGUGUGAGCGAAUUGAUAAGAAGCUCAGUUUUCGUAGCAGUCAGCUAGAAGAUGGUGACAUAAUCUGCUUCCAAAAGUCUCCUCAAGGUCUAAGCAGUGAAGAGUGCAAGUAUCCUACUGUCUCCACUUUUCUGAUUUAUGUCCACAAUCGCCAGGUUGUUCGCUUUCGUUCAUUGGAGAAGCCAAAGGAAGAUGAAUUUUGUCUGGAAUUGUCAAAGCAAAACAAUUAUGAUGAAGUUGUUGCAUAUGUGGCCCGGCAUCUUGGCUUGAAUGAUCCAUCUAAAAUUAGGCUUACAUCCCAUAACUGUUAUUCACAGCAACCAAAGCCACAACCUAUCAAGUAUCAAGGUGCUGAACGUCUUACGGAGAUGCUUAUUCAUUAUAAUCAGAUUUCAGAUAUAUUAUACUAUGAAGUGCUGGAUAUCCCUUUGCCUGAACUGCAAGGCCUUAAAACUUUAAAAGUUGCUUUCCAUCAUGCCACUAAGGAUGAAGUUGUUAUUCACACUAUCAGACUACCAAAACAGAGCACUGUGGGAGACGUCAUUAAUGAUCUCAAGAGUAAGGUUGAGCUGUCUCAUCCAGAUGCAGAACUGAGAUUGCUGGAGGUUUUCUAUCAUAAGAUCUAUAAGAUAUUCCCACUCCAAGAAAAGAUUGAAAAUAUAAAUGAUCAAUACUGGACGUUGCGUGCAGAGGAGAUACCCGAGGAGGAGAAAAACCUUGGUCCUAAUGAUCGCUUGAUUCAUGUAUACCAUUUUAUGAAAGAUACCGCUCAAAAUCAGCAGGUCCACAAUUUUGGAGAUCCUUUUUUCUUGGCCAUUAAUGAUAAUGAGACUUUGGGUGACAUUAAAAUGCGCUUACAAAAAAAAUUGCAUGUUCCAGAUGAGGAGUUCUCCAAGUGGAAGUUUGCGUUUAUAACUUUGGGCCGGCCUGAAUAUCUUCAAGAUUCAGACAUCGUGUCCAUUCGUUUUCAGAGAAGAGAUGUUUAUGGUGCUUGGGAACAAUACAUAGGACUAGAGCACUCUGACAACACUCCAAAGCGGUCAUAUGCAGCCAACCAGAAUCGGCACACGUUUGAGAAACCAGUCAGAAUCUACAAUUAGUACAUACCCAAGAACUGUGCAUUGGAUGUGUAAAGAUCCACAGGAGUAGUCUGUGAAAAGAAUAGGAGUAAAAUUGGAGAGAAUAGAAUUAAAGCUGAUCAAAGGCAUAUGAUAUGAUGUCUAUAUGCGCGUCACAAGUACAAGCAGUGGUGGAAAAUUGUGGUUUUAUGGAAACAUGGCAUGAAAAGCUGUUAAAAACCGAACCUGAUGUAGCCUCCUUAUUUAUCAAGGUUCUUCCUCCACACCUAUACAUAGUUUGACAGAGUUACCUUGGUAUAUUUCCAUCUUAAGAUUUUAUUGUAAUUAGAAAUGAAAAGGAUUUUUGGUGGGGAUAUAUAGAGGGAAUUUAUACUUUUCCAUUCCAUUUUUGACCUUGUCAUUCCUGUUUGUUAUAUAAGCAUUUGAGGAAGACCCUAGGUGAAACCAAGUGUUUAUUAGAGCUAUUAUGUAGUACUCCAUGAUUUUACAUAGAAACUGAUAAUUGUUGAAGUCUACAAUCCUUAGUUGUCUUGUAAGGAGAUUCAACAUUCAAUUAACUUCUGAGCUACAAAGCUUCUUUCGCAGGUUCAUAUCUUUAAA